CCUCUGGGUUGGCUCUCUUGGCGCUAGCCCCGGUGGGGCUCCAUUGGCUGCCCAGCUGGCACUGACGUCCCCUCGGAGCCGGGUGGCAGCCGGAGGUAAAUAGCCAUGUGCAAUCCUCUCUAUAUUUAACAGCUGCUACAGAGAAGGUGGCGGCUCUUGUCUUCUGGGAGAAGGCCCUUGGAACUGGGUUGGGACUGGCCUUCUUAGAGUGAGCGAGGUCACCAUGCCAGCAUCCCAGAGCCGGGCGCGUGCCAGGGACCGCAACAAUGUCCUCAACCGGGCUGAGUUCCUCUCCCUGAACCAGCCCCCCAAGGGGACCCAGGAGCCCAGAAACUCAGGUAGGAAGGCCUCAGGGCCCUCGACACAACCCCCACCCUCCGGCGACGGGGCCCGGGAGCGUCGCCAGUCGCAGCAGCUGCCGGAGGAAGACUGCAUGCAACUGAACCCCUCAUUCAAGGGCAUUGCCUUCAACUCCCUGCUGGCCAUUGACAUCUGCAUGUCCAAGCGCCUAGGGGUGUGUGCCGGCCGGGCUGCAUCCUGGGCCAGUGCCCGCUCCAUGGUCAAGCUCAUUGGCAUCACAGGCCACGGCAUCCCUUGGAUUGGCGGCACCAUCCUCUGCCUGGUGAGAAGCAGCACCCUGGCCGGCCAGGAGGUGCUCAUGAACCUGCUGCUUGCGCUGCUCUUGGACAUCAUGACGGUGGCUGGGGUACAGAAGCUCAUUAAGCGCCGCGGCCCAUAUGAGACAAGCCCUGGACUCCUGGACUACCUCACCAUGGACAUCUACGCCUUCCCCGCCGGCCAUGCCAGCCGUGCCGCCAUGGUGUCCAAGUUCUUCCUGAGUCACCUGGUGCUGGCAGUGCCCCUGCGCGUGCUGCUGGUGCUCUGGGCCUUCUGCGUGGGCCUGUCCCGGGUGAUGAUUGGACGCCACCACAUUACAGACGUCAUCUCGGGCUUCGUCAUUGGCUACUUCCAGUUCCGCCUGGUGGAGCUCGUGUGGAUGUCAUCCAACACCUGCCAGAUGCUCAUCUCUGCCUGGUGAGCCCCAAAGAAGUGGACCAGGGGGGACGGACUACC